GAACCAGAGACAGUGCGGAGCGUAUAAAGAAAGGGAAGUAAAGAAUGGCAAACCCUAGGCGAAAUUCGUACUCAACCAGCCAAAGCUCGGACAUCAAUUCAUUCCAGUUUCAGACCCAAAGCUCGUCUUCACUCUCAUCUUUGAAACACUUGUUGAAAAAGCCCCAUGCAAUCCCAUUUCUUCUAUUGUUUCUGCUCUUCCUGACAUGGGUCUCUCUCAGAUUGCAGUAUUCUUCUUCUUCUGGUGUUCGGCGCGACCAAUUGGGCCUAGAUGGUCCUGGCGAUGAGGAUUCUAAGGCCAAUCUUGUCCGAUUCAAAUCUGGGUUACCCUCACCUAUUGUCAAGGACAAACGCGGCUGGCUGCUCGAUCCCGUCUCCCCCUUGCGCUUCACAUAUUUUCUUGCAGGGGGGGCAGUGUCUUGCUCACAAGUACACGUUGGUGAAAUUGGACAUGGUGGUAUGAGGGGAAAUCACCGACACUAUGCUUGUAACGAAACAUUUGUCAUUUGGGGGGCAAGGACAAAAUUCAGGUCGGAAAAUAAGAUGGUUGAUAGAGGUUAUGCCGAAGUGACAAUCGAGGAAGACGAAGUUGUUGUUGCAGCUAGCCCCAGUGGAACUGCCCAUGCUCUUGUAAACGUCGAUGCUUUGCGCAGCACAUUCUUUUUGGGUUGCCAAGAUGGUAUGGUGAACACUAAUAGCUCGAAUACUGAUUUUAAUGUGUGGAAAGAUCUUUAACUGUUGCUUUACUCCCUAUUUACCUUCUUUCAACGGAAUUCAUAUUAUUUUUUCCCAGUACAUAACAUGUAUGUAUUUCACCACAUGUUUGUUUAGUUCA